UAAAAUUGUUGAAUAGACACAUGAUUUUUAACCAAUCAGCGAGCGUAUAUUCUUUGGACUAUUUUCCAAAUAUAAGUACAUUGCCUUUAGUAUUGGAAAGGAUAAUCAGAAAGUUUGCUACACUAUGAUCAGUUCUAAAUGACACUAUUGUUUCCCAAAGAAUAAACCUCUGGGCUACAGUGGGCGCAGUUCAAAGAUGGCGGACGAUUUGUCCUAGCAGAAGUGUAUUUUGUAGCUGAGAGUAUGUAUGUAACUUUUAAAUGAUCAAGAAUCAAACUAUGGUCAUAAAAACCUGUCUAUGGAGAAGAUAGUACUCGAAAUUUGAGAGGCUUUUGAAUUAAGCUCAUUGCUGUCGUCGUUGACACUGGCGUUUUCAUGGUUUGUUCACGAAGCUUCUUCGAGUGGAUAGAAUGUUUAUACAACAGUGAGUUUUGCAGCACGUGUUCGGCUAUAACAGUAAUGUUAGUACUACACAGAAAACUAAUUAUUUACGCGAGGAGUUGAGAUACUGAAACUCAUUUCUUGUGGAACUGAGGUUACUCAUGAAGGUAAACACGAAAACAAAUGAAUCAAGUCCAGCUGUAGACAAGGAAAACCAAUCCUUAAAGCUUUGCUCGACAGCAGCUGCAUUUGGAGCAACAGUCACGAAAGAUAGAGUAACGAAAACUGAGAUAAAAACAGAAACAAAUAUAAGUGAUGAGGACGUUGAAGUUGAUUUAGAUGUUGGAUCAAAUGACUGCUUGUAUAAUCGAGCUUCAGACUUGUUUCCUACUAAAUCUGACAAUUCGAAUCGAGAUAGUGUCAUAAGAACAGUUACAAACAAAGCUGAGGAAGAUGAUGAAGCUGAUGUAGAUGUGGGAUCAAACAGUGCUUUGGAUGAUCAAGGCUCUCAGCAAAUUAGCAUCAAGAUCUCUAGUGCAAGGACAGAAACAUUUGAGGAAAGGGCAGACAAGGAAGUAAGUGGGCUGGAAAAGGAAUCUUCUGCCAAAGGUGUCAACAUGUGGUAUGAUCAGGUACUCGUCCAUGAUGAAGCUGAGGAUGAUCAUUACGAUCGGUUCUACUUUGAAUCUGAUCACUUGGCACUGAAAGAUAAUAAACACUACCAUUUGCUACUGCAAACCCUGUUGGUUUUGGAAUCACAGAGGAGUCAGGCUGUAAAGGACCUUGACGUUCUCUAUCAACAGCAAGCUAAAGCUCUUCAGGAUCCUAUUAGUUUUGUGGAGAAGCUACAAAACAAGGAACAUUUAGAUCUUCCAUCUUGUCAAAAGGUAGUUAAGCUUCCGUCUAUUCCUUGGGAAGAGUAUACAGUAUCUCUGAGUACAAUAGAUAGAGAGAGAUUGAGCAAUCCCCACCUCACUAGAGCUGCCUCUAACAACCUGGGAAAAGCAAAUGAGCCAUCAAUACAAACUUCUGACACCGGUGAAUUUGCAUCUGCUGCUUCUUCAGAGAGCAACGUGUAUAGUGUCUUUGGGGGAGAGUUUGUAGCCAGCAAACAAGGCAAGCCACUGGAGAGGGAAAGUCUGACGAGUGUUUUCACUCCAAGAAAUAGCGAGUUUACAAAUGGAAAACUGGUGCGAGGCCGUCACUGUGAUGAGAUGAAACCAGUAACAUUCAAUCAACCAUGGACAGCUGAAGAACAGGCUAAAUUAGAAAAGCUGUUGCAGAUUUACCCUCAGGAAGAAGUGGAAGCCAAGAGGUGGGAGAAAAUCGCAGCUGCUCUGGGAAACAGAACUUUCAAACAGGUUGCCAGUCGUGUCCAGAAAUACUUCAUCAAAUUAGCGAGAGCAGGAUUACCUGUUCCGGGACGUAUGCCUAAUCUACCUCGACCAGGAAACAGGAGCAAAAGGUCGUCCCAUUACUACCAAACUCUUGGUUUUCGUAAUUCCACGUUCUUUCCUUCGUAUCAACCUAAAGUGCUGAUGGACGAAGAGGAUGACAUCUCAAGUGUAGCUACGGAUGACACAGCUGGAUAUCUGUCGGAUGAGGAAUCUGUGCCUGUUGAUCUGCGGCAUACGGAGGAAUACAGAGAGCUUCUGGAACUCAAAAGACUUAAAAGACAAAAGAUUGCGGAUUUUCAGCAAACUGAGGAAAAGGUCCAGCACAGUGGCUUCAUGUGUGAUGGCUGUGGAAUAAGUCCGAUAUCAGGCACGAGAUGGCACUGUAUUGACUGCUCAAAGGACACUGGUGUUGAUUUCUGUACCGAAUGUGCAGAAAGAGGAAAUAUUAACGUGGGUUCACACACAAGUGAACAUCAACUUGAACCAAUAACCAGAAAUUCUACGUUCUUUGUGGACGGAGACUAUCUCGGACUCAGUGGAGGAAGCACGAGUGCCGGUUAUAACUAUCUGGACACUAAUUUCCUGCCAUCUGCCAGCUAGCACAGGGAAAACUCUGGCAUUGUUCCAAACGAUUAUCAUUUAUUACAGGAAUCACAUCAAACGUAGACAACACCUUGGACGAAUCAGAACUCGCAGCCAAAACAUGCAGUCGCUGCCAAGCGCGGGAAAUCGUGCACAAACCAAGACGUGUGGUUUUGCAUUUAAUCCUGAAUGGCUGACAACGCCAAUACGUGCGCUCUGAUUCGUCUGAACAAUUUGUAAAGAUUAUUUUUUUGAACCACACGUAGAGCCCACACGAAAUACAGCUCUGUCUGUUACAUAUAAAUUGACUCUGCUUUUGGACUAGAAGGAUUUUUUCCUUUGAAAAUGUUUAUUUUGGCAGCUAAAGAAAGGGGACGAUUAUUGUACUUUUUUCAGCAUAACGACAUGCGACUCCAAAAUCCAAUCUCAGUCUAUGUGUCGUGAACCAUGGUAUUCGUAAGAGUGAUGAAAAUCAAAUUUCUCCUAACAGUAUUCAUCUAUUGUGAAGCAGACAGGUGUUGAGAAUAAAUAGAAUCAUCAGCUGUAAGUUAUGUCGUCACACUCAGUUCUCCGACAGCCGAUGAUCUUUUAAUUCUACCGGAUUAAUUACCCAGCUUUUAUCACCACUAAUUUGACGUUCAGUGUGAUGUGAGUCUUCAAAGUCAACCACAAAGCAGAAAACAUUUGAGUUGCUGAAUUUAACGUUGACGCUCAUAGGCCACAUACGUAUUCUCGGUAUUGGACUGGAACUAGCUUGCAAGUGAGGCUAAUGCGGGAGUCUUUUCAAAUGCAAAUAGCAUUUAUCCUUUUUCUAAUGAUGUUCCCCCGUAUGACUCCAUUGCAAGCUAGUUCCAGGCCAAUACCGAGAAUACGAAUAUGGUCUAUUUAACAAUUAGACCCG